UGUAUGUGCGUGUGCCUGCCUCCUGAGUGUGUGAGACGAGCUGGGAUCAUGAGCCAGGGUUGUUACAAGUGGUUUUAAUCAGCAGUCCAUUAGAGGAGAACGGAAAACUUCAAACAGAUUAAGAACCAAGUUGUUCCAGUAGCCCCAUGGGAAGGUGCUCCACAAACCUCCACUCCUCUGGAACAAGACUUCUUGCCUGGAACCAGGAAAACACUCAGCAGCAGAAAUGGGAAAACUCAUGCUAGUUUUGGAUAAAGUGUGCCUUUAACUUUUUUUACUGUGGCAAGACGUGGCUACUUGGACUGCAUCUGGAAUGUGGCGAAGAUUGAAGUGAGGACGGCAAAGAGGCCAUGGUUUGUGGGCAAGUUCCCAGGUGCCGCAGGCUUUGUCGCCCUCGUCCCUUCCUUCUGGCCAUAGUGGUGGCCAUCUGUCUGUUCUGCCAGACCCUGACUCCUCUCAUGACCAGCAGCAUCCUUUCGGCAGUUGUUAAUGGGAUUACAUCCAACAAACUGACCAAAACACAGCAAGGAAGGUACAAGGAGGUCUCCCCAAGCACCACUCACUGCUUCCUCCCUGGCAGUAAUUCACAGACAUUGAAAAAGAUUGAUGAUUCCAUUCUCCAGUACUUUGGAAGCCGCACGAGAAGAGCAGUUCUAUAUGCACCUCCUGCUCACCAUGAAACUGACCGUGAGCUCUGUCAGCGCAUCCUGGAAAAACACGGAUAUACAGUCACAGUCCUUGAAAACAGGAGACUGAUGGAAAAUCCCAGGCAUGAGGGCCCUUAUCACAGUGGUAUAAACACUUGGGAUCUUCUGAUCUGCUUAUCUUCCAGAAAAAAUGCUGGUAUUGGCUGCAUUCAAGCAGAAGACUUGCAUAAUCUAGAGUUGUUCCAGAAGGUAAACCUACUUCCAGAAAUCCAGCAUUUCCUUUGCAGAAAAGAGGGAUUAUGCCAGAUAACAAAAGUCUUUUCAGACCUGCAGCUCCCAGUUGUCGCCCCAGAGUGUUCUGGCCAGCCUGGACCAUCAAGGGCCAGCACCACAAGCAACAUGUCCCAGGGCAGCAAAACCACUGACAAGACACGUACCUCUCAUCUGCAGCACCAGUGGAAGCAGCACACAAGUGCAGACCUGAAUCAAGUAUCAGCUUCAUCAGAGCACAAGGACAUCCUUAAAGCUCAAGACCUUUCUGUCAUCAUCAAAGCAUAUGUGCUUGUGACAUCCUUAACACCUCUGAGGGCAUUCAUUCAUUCAACCACCAGUGUCUGGCAUCCACCCAAGAAGAAGCAUUUUACCAUAAAGCUGCAAAGAUUUUUUGAGAUAUUCUUCAAAAACAGUUCUCCCCAACAAGCCUUCAACAACAUGAAGGAGGCUAUAAGCAAACUUCUACUUGUAACUGAGGUCUUCAGUGAAUCAUCUGCCUCAGGACCAAAUUCUUUCAAUCAAUGCAGCCAGUGCUUUCAAAUGCUAACCUUUGACAUUGGAUUCGGCAUGUCAAUAUACCCAGUAGUUCUUGAGGUGCACGAAAACUUUGACUUUCAAGAUGAGGAUGAAUCAAGUAUUCGGGACCAAACUUUCAAAGAACUUAUUUUUGAAGAUACUUUUAAAUUUCUCUUAUCUAAUGAAUCCUCAACAUCCAGUUUCAUUGAAGUUUUGCAAAAAAUAUAUAGAUCAACUGUGAGUUCCUUACAGCUUUUUCUUAUUAUUGACUAUUUGAAAACAUUUAAUUUUAAAUUGUGUGCUUCUCUGAAAUUGCUGAUGCCUUAUAGAAAUUAUGGAAAGAAGGGUUUAUUUCAUCAAAAAAUAUCUAUUAUUCUUUUCCCUUCUGCUGCACCCAAGAUUCAAACGUUACUGCGCGACCUUUAUCGCAUGGUAGACCCAAUGAGGCGGCUUGGAUCAGUCCUGACUGUGCAUUGGCUGCUUUCCAGUUUACUUGAACAAUUCCAGUUCAUGACUAAAGAGGCACAUACAAAUAUUUCAGAAUGGCUAUCUUCUCAAGAAAAUAGGAGUCCUAAGCAGAAUGUUCUUUCUGACUCCAGGAAGAGUCAUAAAGCAUUGCAUUAUUCAAGUAAGACUAAAGAAAGACAGUGCAGUCAUGAUAAAGAUACCCUAUCUCAUAUCAGGCAGAUCUUCACCAGUCCACAGCUGGACUUGAAUCCUCAGUUUAACCCAAAGAUCAAAGAAUACUAUGCAGAAGUCCCAUUCGACAUGGUGACAGUGAAGAUAGGAGCAGAACCCUCUAACUGUCAAUGCCAAAUACACCUUGACGACAAGAAAGGGCCAAGCAGUGCUAACUACCCCCUUGGCCUUGGAUUGAACAAAGUCAUCAUUCUCGUAACAGAUGAUUCGCAGCCCAGCCCUCAGGUUGUGAGCAGCUACAAAAUCACAGUUUAUCGAGAGGACCGCCCAAGUCUGCCUUUGUUUGAUGACUACAUGAUGUGUGGGUUUGUGCAGUAAACAUUCUGUUAUGGAGCAAUGUCAACAUACAUAUGGACAUUAGGGAAAUGAAGACAGAAUUUGAAAAGAGAAGUCACUGAAUUCAAGACAAACUCAUAAUACAGAUUUUAACUCAAAAUGAAGCUGGGUUUUAGAAUAAAGACUUCAUUUAUGAUUGCUGAAGAAUUAUGAGGUUCUUGGAGGUCAGCAGAACUGUGGUGUUAUGAUUUACAUAAAAGUA